CUCUGACAGGCUUUCUAAGCCGCUUUUUCGGCGACUUUUUGGUCUUCCGCUUUUUGCCACCGCCCCCAACCCUCCACACCCUUGCGGGCCCUGCCUUUUCUUGUGUCGCUCCUCCCCUGGCAGCCGCGCUCCGGCUUAGAUUGUAAGCCGGAACGGGAGCUGGGCCUAGCCAUCGCACUACCACUACUACCUCCUGUGGCUCCGGCGCAGCCACGACCGAGCACGCCUGGCCGCCGCCGCUGGCUCCUGGGAACGCUUGGGCAGGCAGUUCGGGUAGGCGCUGUUGACCCCUUCUGCAAGGACACGUCCUCCAACCUCCGCUCCCUCCCUGCCUUGUCCUCAGUCCAGAAUCAAAAGAGGAAGAUUGCCUUGGGACUCCUGCAUGGUGUUUCAAAAGGCGGGGAAGAACUAAGGAAAGGAAUACAUGUUCACUUUCAGUGAACAGGAGCAUGUUCCCAAACUCAAUUUUGGGUCGCCCGCCAUUCACUCCAAAUCAACAACAACAUAAUAACUUCUUUGCCCUGUCACCAGCUCUUUAUUCACACCAGCAGCUUAUAGAUGCACAGUUCAAUUUUCAGAAUGCAGACUUGUCUAGAGCUGUGUCAUUACAGCAGCUGACAUAUGGAAAUGUCAGUCCAAUACAGACCUCAACAUCCCCAUUAUUUCGAGGAAGGAAGAGACUAAGCGAUGAAAAAAACCUUCCUCUUGACGGUAAACGGCAGCGUUUCCAUUCACCCCACCAAGAGCCAAUUGUAGUCAACCAGAUAGUGCCUUUAUCAGGUGAACGAAGAUACUCGAUGCCGCCAUUGUUUCAUACGCCCUAUGUACCAGAUAUAGUCAGAUGUGUUCCACCUUUUCGAGAAAUACCAUUUUUAGAACCUAGAGAAAUCCCAUUGCCUGAGGCCAAAGAUAAGUUAAGUCAGCAGAUACUGGAAUUAUUUGAAACAUGUCAGCAGCAAAUAAGUGACUUAAAGAAGAAAGAACUCUGUCGAACACAGCUGCAGAGAGAAAUUCAGCUUUUAUUUCCACAAAGCAGACUUUUUUUGGUUGGGUCCUCUUUAAAUGGAUUUGGUACCCGGAGCAGUGAUGGUGAUUUAUGCCUUGUUGUUAAAGAAGAACCAUGUUUUUUUCAGGUAAAUCAGAAGACUGAAGCACGGCAUAUACUCACUUUAGUCCAUAAACACUUCUGUACUAGACUUUCCGGCUAUAUUGAGAGACCUCAGCUGAUUCGAGCAAAAGUGCCAAUUGUGAAGUUCAGGGAUAAAGUCAGUUGUGUGGAGUUCGACUUGAAUGUAAACAAUAUUGUUGGAAUAAGAAACACAUUCCUUCUUAGAACUUAUGCCUACCUUGAAAAUCGAGUUCGUCCAUUAGUGCUGGUCAUUAAGAAAUGGGCAAGUCACCAUGAGAUAAAUGAUGCCAGUCGUGGUACUUUAAGCAGCUAUAGUCUUGUACUGAUGGUUUUGCACUAUUUACAAACCCUACCUGAACCAAUUCUUCCAUCCCUCCAAAAAAUUUACCCAGAAUGUUUCAGUCCUGUUAUACAGCUGCACCUUGUACAUCAAGCUCCAUGUAAUGUUCCUCCUUACCUCUCAAAGAAUGAAUCAAGUCUUGGGGACCUCUUACUGGGCUUUCUUAAAUAUUAUGCUACAGAGUUUGACUGGAAUAGUCAAAUGAUUUCAGUUCGUGAAGCCAAAGCCAUUCCAAGGCCUGAUGGUAUUGAAUGGAGAAAUAAAUACAUCUGUGUAGAAGAACCUUUUGAUGGGACUAAUACAGCCAGAGCUGUGCAUGAAAAACAGAAGUUUGACAUGAUCAAGGAUCAAUUUUUAAAGUCAUGGCACAGAUUGAAAAACAAAAGAGAUUUGAACAGUAUACUACCUUUAAGAGCUGCUAUCCUGAAAAGAUAACUGGCCUCUGUUUCUUAAAUUCUUCUGAGAAAUAAAGAACAAUAGUUACAGCAUAAUGCAUUUGUUUACCUCUAUCAUGGUUUCUUUUUAAUUGUUCCUCUUAUUUCCUGUUUUAUUUUUAAAAGGACACACUUAUAUAAAGAUGGCAUAUUUUAUUAUGACAUUUCCUAAUAAAAUACUUUGAUUUAAAAAAUGUAUUUUUGAAGAUGUUUACAUUGAUGAUUAGUAAUAUUAUGGCAUGAAUUUUCAGGCAAUCAGAUAAAAUAUAUUUUGGGAAAUUACCUGAACAAAUAAAAAGGUUUUUGAUACAAUUUCAGUUAAUUGUACCACAUACUAAGAGUGAAGAGCUGUGUGGGAUUUUGGAAAGGAUCUCAUUUGUACAUGCUUAAAGUGUAAUAUACAACAGAUAGAUUGUUGUCUAAGUCUGUUCUUAAAAAGUGAAGAUUCAAGUCAGUUAUUCAGUUACUUGAAGCAAAAUGAAAUCUUUUAUUUCAGUAAAAUCACGGCAGUGUCAUGAAAUACUGGACAAUUGUCUUAAAUCUUCACUUGCCUCCCAGGGACAGAUUGAGGCUUUGAGUGUCUUUAUUAGCAUUUCAUUAGUACCUCACGUGCUUUUGAUGUACUUUUGAGAUUGCUUUAGAUUUUAUGUUGAAAUAACAACACAUUUUGCACUGUAGUAAUGCAAGCACUAACUCUUAGAGCAGUUAGUGAAUUGUUAAGAACUGUUUUAAGGACUAUUUUAUGUAGACAUUUUGAAAAGAUUAAGUUUCCUGUGCUUUAGUGCAAUGUGCACUUUUGCUUUACUUCCGUUUCCUGCUUAUUUUUCCGAUGACAAGAAGCAACAGAAACUGAAGCAUCAAAGUUAAGAUUAUAUCCUGUUUGUAGAAUCAGAUUUUUUUGGUGUGUGUACAAUUAUAGGACCGUAAUCUAAACUGGAAUUUUUAGGCAGUAAGCCACUACAGAGUAGAGUUUUAGAUAAGACAUAAAAAAAUAUAAAUAAAAGCUUAAUGUUUGUAAAAAUAUCUUUUGUAGUAUUUCUUUUCCACAUCAAAGAAGUAGUGGUGGCUGCUAAAAAAGUUACAGUGUUUAUUAAGGUUUUUUAAAAUUUAUGUAAAUAUUUGUAAAUUGGCGAGUGCCUGUAAAUUUAAAUAUUAAAAAAAUCUUGAAAACAGUUUUAACUUUUUUAAAAGGAUUGCAGACAACUUCUUUUAGACCUACUGUAAUACAGUUUGUACCUCUUAAGUAUUUUUUUUGCAAGCCAAUUCAGAAGCUAAAACUUGCUUUUCUUUGACAUGUAAAAGGUGCAUAUUUUCAUUUUCUUUACGUUUAAACUUUUGUAUGAUGUCAAAUGGAAUAAAGUUUAUAUAUGGAAA